UUGAGUCCACCCAAAACUCAGACCAUAUAGGGAAAAUUACAAGAAGGGCUCUAAAAAAUAGGUUGCAGUUUUUGGGUGGGAAGAAAAUUGAGGGAGAAGAAUUAGGGACAGAAUCAGUCCGUAAUGGCUGUAACAAGUACUGCUGCUGCUCAGCUGAGAUGUUUACGGCCUAAUCUCUCUAAUCUAAGGCCUCUGUAUCGGUUUUCUGGUGAUUAUGCCCCAAGAUUUCUAGCCAUGGCAACGCCACAAAAGGUAAACAAAUACGAUAGCAAAUGGGAAAAAAAAUGGUUUGGUGCAGGCAUCUUCUAUGAAGGCAGCGAAGAAGUCGAAUUUGAUGUGUACAAGAAGUUGGAAAAGAGCAAAGUCCUAAGCAAUGUGGAAAAGGCGGGAUUGUUGUCAAAGGCUGAGGAAUUUGGCAUCACGCUUUCAUCCAUAGAGAAACUGGGCUUAUUUUCCAAAGCAGAGGAUUUGGGCCUGCUUAGCUUACUGGAAAAGGCUGCCGGGUCUUCGCCGUCCGACUUAGCCUCGGCGGCACUGCCGAUUUUGGUGGCCGCCAUUGUGGCCAUUGUGGUGAUUCCCGAUGAUUCCGCAGGCCUCGUGGCGGUGCAAGCGGUGGUGGCCGGUGCACUUGGGGUUGCUAGUGCUGGGCUUUUCAUUGGAGCCGUACUUUUGGGUGGGUUACAAGAGGCCGAGUGAGAACUUCUCUAAUGUACGUAACUUACAACUAUUAUAUUAUUUUGGGAUAGGAGAAAAAAAAAAAAAAAGAGGAGUUCCCCCGGGGGGCUUGAAGGUAAAAAAUGAAGAAUAUGCUUGGUUUUGGUAAUUUACUUUGUCAUAUUUUCAUCUUUGGCCAAAUACAAUUAAUUCCCUUUAGGGGCUGCCUUUAGGGUCAAUUGAGAUCCAAUUUGUUAAUACUUGCACAAUUCAAGGAGUAAUUCGCCAUUGUUUUUGAGUUGCAUCA